GCAGGAGCGGCCGCCUCGCCUUGUGACCGAGCUAAAGAUUACAGAGGGGCGGUUAAUGUUUAAUUGGGGGGGAGCCCACCUCCCUCCCCUCCGAAGGACUACCCUCCUGCUCUCCAUCCCUGAAGGACGGCCAGAGAAAGAGAGGCCGAGAGAGAAGAGAAGGAGGAGGAGAGGCAGCAAGCAGCCAUGGCAGACGAAAAGUUUCCCGAGGCAGAGGUGGACCGGUUCUCUUAUGAUUAUGAGACUAUCCGCCGCGGAGGCCUGAUCUUUGCCGUGGUCGCCUUCAUGAUCGGACUGGUCAUCAUCCUCAGUCGGCGUUUCCGCUGCGGACGGAAGAGGAGGCAGCGGCAAACGGAGGAGGAAGAGGAAGCCUGAGCUGUAGGACCCCCUUCUUCCAGACCUUCCAGCCUCAAACCAUGGAUGGACACCGCUGCCCGAGCUCUUCUUUGGGCCACCAGCUCCUCUGCUUAAAUAAUAAAAAAAAAUGCCUCCACCAAAGGAAA